AUGGGCCGCACCACGACGGUAAUGUCGAUCACUGGCAUUACGCUCGAUCGGCUGGGCGUCUGGAAGGCGCGAACGCAAGUACCGUUGAUCACGACCAGUGAUCACGCGUCUGCGCUGCUUGUCCAAAGAAUAUGGCUGACGGUAAUUACCUUCCAGCACGGUCACAGCGAGAAUGUCGAACCGAGGGCACUAGAAUUAUCAGUACCAUGGCGACCGUUAUCGUACCAUGUGCCCCAGGCACAACCACAGCAACAGCAACAGCAGCAGCAGCAGCAUCAGCAGCUGAUCAGCGUUGCCAGCUUCGACACGACAAGCAAGGACGAAUUGGUUCAUAUCGCGCAGCACAAUGCGCAGAUUUUGAAGCAAUUCAAUCAGCCAAUCACCCAGUACCAGCAGCAACAGCAGCAGCAGCAGCAAAAUAGCAUGAAGGUGCAGAUCACCACUCAUCAGCAGGCUCCGGGAGGGCCGGCAGCAAGCCACCACCACCAUCACCAUCAUCAUAAUGGAAAUUUGGUGCAGAUACAAGGACCAGCAGCACCAUCCUAUGGUCACACUCCGGCCGCACCGAAGUACAUGACGACUCCGCUGCUGCAGACGAUCUAUCCCGCCUCCCCGAUCAAGGCGCAACCACCACAGAAACCAUUCGUCAAAUCGGACCAAAUCACCACGCUCAACAUGGUGCACAGUUCGACGCCAAAGAUUACGGCCGCCAUCUCAUCGCACGGUGCGAUCGGCGUUAAAUCGGCCAAGUUCAACGGACAGUUUAGGGACACUGCACCGGCAAUCGUACAGAAGUCUACCCUGAAGCCUCAUCCGGUCAUGAACAAACUGCAAUCGCACAUGGCCAUCGCUGGCUUCCGGCCGAAACAGCCUGUCGCUACCAGCUCGAACCGGUUGGAGCAGUUCAUCAAUCCGAACCACCUGUACGGUACCUACAUCACGUUUGGCCAGUCACCGGCCAGCCUGAGCCCGGUACCUUCGAAGUCGAAAUUCUUCGGUCAGCUGGGCACCAGCCUUCCGAGCUUCGAUACGCAGACACUGAAGAGCUUCUUCAAUGCCCCUGGCUACACACCGAGUGCGGCACAGUUCAAGAAGCUCAACUAUAUCCAUCAGCAACAGCAGCAACAGCAGCAACAGCAGCAGCAGCAGCAGUUGAGUAAUGCAGGAAAAUUCGCGUUUCCACAUUUCAACCAGAUCCCCGCUGAUUUGGCCGAGUUCCCGAAAAAGUACGUCACUCCGUCAUCGGCCGAGAAGGAGUUAACGAAGGGUCCCGGAGGUCUAGACUCGACACCGUUGUUCCCCCAUCUACCACCGAGCGUACUGACACCGUUCUUCCAGCAAGUUCAGCAACAGCAACAGCAACACAUCAGUGGGAAUAAGUAUAACAACUUCAAUCUGAAAACUCAACACCCGGCACCACCGGUAGCUUCGCAGCAGCUUCCAUUGCCGUCAUCCGGUUCCAAGCACACCUUCUCCCAGUCGCAGUUCCAACAUCAGCCGCAGCAACAGGAACAGGAAAUGCUGGCUGCCUUUGGCAGUCAGUCGAUCUUCAGUGCUGGUGGCAGUUCGUCGUUCGGUCCCUUCAGCACCCAGCAACCGCUUCCGAUCGAGCAUAAACCGUUCGAGAUCGUAAAGUUCAAGGAAGCUCCCGGUAAGCAGCUACCGACGAAGUACAACGAGAUACACGAUGAGUACAGCAAGAACCUGGUACCGCCACCACCGAGCACCCAGCAAGCCUUCCUGCCGACCGUGCUGAACCAUCUCUCGGAGUCGGCCUCGCCGAGUAAGGAUCCGAUCGAGAUACUGAACAAGUACAACAUCAAUCCGCACUCGCCCCUACAGGAUGCCAAUCGGUUUAGCUACGAGUUCCCGGCACGGCCGACGGCUGGUUCGCCUGUUUCGAGUACCGCCUCGUCUACGACCAGCGCCACCACGACGACGACGCAGUUCCCAACGGCCACGACCCUACCCCGGCAGCAGUACUAUCAGCCUCAUCAUUACAAUUCUCAUCACGAACAGCCAGCACAUGGUGGGUAUCACCACGGAGACCAUGGCUUCCCUGGCCAGCAUCAUUCGUCCUCGCCAGUGCUGGUGACACCGAUCAAUGAGCUGGGCGAUGGUGGAUUGUGGCUGACGCGCGACAAGUAUCUUACGACGGAGAAACCGAACGUGUUCAAGAAUCUGUUCCGACCGGUGGAGAGUGAGUACAAGCAGCACAAACUGAUGCAUCCUUCCUACACGGGACUGCCACCGAACAGACGACCAGCGUCAACCGCUUCGACAACCACGACGACCGUAUCGAGUGGCAGCGCCACCACCAUCUCUCCGUGGGAUCAGUCCACGGAGGAACCGGUCAUUACGCACAGUUUCUUCACGAUCGAGGACGCGAUCGCUGAUCCAACGUUGGUUCCACCGAAAUCGAAGAGCAAAUACAAGUACACGACUGAUGCGGAUGAGGAGAACCGGCAGGAUGAUCUGCAGCUUGAGAUCGUUACGAUCGGACCGUACGUUGCUUCGGAGGAAUCACCCAUCAGGCCGUUGCUGACGACGACUGCUCCAAUCAGACCGAACCAGGUACCGCCGAAGGGAGGAAACUCACCCCACCGACGUAGACGUCCAAAGCCCAGCAGUACGACCACCACGGAUUACUCCACGGAACCGGAUUCAACCGAAACAACCACGACGACGACGACGACGAACACGAUCACGGACAACCGGAACCGGAAUCGAAUUCGCUUCCGUCAAAAACCCGUUACAACGCUUCUGCCGGUACCGGUGGAAACGGAGGCCGUAACCACUUUCAUUCCGCCGACUCCACCACCACUGGCAGCGUUCGCCUCGAGCGAAGAGUUCGACGUGGCGGCCAUCAAGAAGUUCCGCAAGAAGCCGCACUUCACGCGGAACCGGUACACGGUUCUGAACCAACGGGAAGAAGACCGGCCAGUACAACUGGACGGCACGGAACCAUCGCUGGCUACACCACCGGCCACAACUACUACGACGAGCACGACGACCACCACAACAACGCUUAGUGCCGUUCCACCGAGUGCCGAAGCUGCUCCAUCGGUCUCCCCUGCCCUGGGCGGAGGAUUCCGAUCCCGUUACCGUCCCCUACCGGCGUCACAAUCAACGAAGAGCCGGGAUUCCCAGGAGGAAACGACGGGUGAUACGGCAGGGACAAAGGUUACUCUCACCCGGCACCAGAAUCGACCCUUGCCAACGACGGCAAGCACUGCGGCGGAUUCGAUCGUCGCGUUCAAUUCGGACGAAUCGGCCAGUAACUUCUCCGAUGGUCAGAACAAAACGACCGGAACGCCUGGCCGCGGUGUAGAGCUAAAUCGACCGCGCUUCAGCAUUAAGGAGUACCGGAACAAGCUGAACCGCACGACGUUAACCGCACCAUCGCCAACACCGGUGACCGGUGGUGAUGGCGGAUUGGAGACGACAACGGCCACCAAGCUGCGCUUCCCGACACGCAACCGAUUCCUGCUUAAUGCGCGGCUCAACAAAACGAUCGAAACGAACGAAAUCGCCCCCACCGGUGCGGGUGCGACGACAGAACGGACGGCCAAUGAAACGACCACACGCAGUUCCUUCCGUCCGCAUGGCACACGCACGUACAAUCGGUAUACGGGGAAGAAGCCCUCUACUGAAACACCGACCAGUGGUACUACGGCAAAUCGAGGGCAACCGGCCAGCGUCGGUACACUGGUGAAUCGCGGACGCGCCAAGUUGAGCGAAGGUUCCGCCAAUCGGACCGCUUUGCCCGGUUCCACGGGGUCCACCUACAAUACGACGGCAUCGCUGAUUAACCGCCGUCCCCCGAAGAUCACGUUACGGCAACGGAUCCAGAACUACAACCGCAAGAAGGAAAUGGAACAGACCGGUAGUGGGAACGCGGACAUGACCGAUGAUGGCACGCAAAAACGCGACGAAUCUGUCGAUUCCACGCUGGAACAGAACAAUCUGGUUGCUUCUUCCGGGGAGCAGAAUCGACCGAUCGAUGAUCUCGGUACACUUGGAGAGCAUGCAGGCGAAGCGAGUAGUGUCCUUCGAUCAGGUGCCGUUGGAGUGAGCCAGGGCGAUGAGCGAGGCACGGCCACUGCUGUGUCCAGUACAACGGAAGGCUAUCGGCAUCACGAGACGGCCAUCAUGAAGAUAUCGCCCAAGGAAAGCAGCGCAAACACGGGCGACGAUUAUGAUCUGAACAGUGCGUCGUCCGAUUACUCGAAACGGGUCGUCGAGCUGACAUUGUCCGGUACGGCGUCACGGGAUCGAGGCAGUUUCAAAUCCGUCAAUAAGGGACUUUUAUCGCGCAAGGUGCCUGGAUACUUUACGCUCGCCACCGAAGACCCAAUCCUGCCGAUCGAGGCGUUCUUUCCGCAGGUGAAGAAACCGACUGGUGGCCUCGCGUGA